AAAAAUUUUGGUUGAUUCCAUUGAAUCCUUAAUGAAAAGUAUUUAGCAAGUUGGACAAUCAAUAUAUAGUUUACCACUGACAUUCAUGCAAUACAAUUGUUCAUCAUUAUCAAUGGUGCAAAAACAUUUGAGGUGGCUGUUUAGAACAUGUUUAGGGCCCAUUUCAGUUCUGGAUUGCUUACUGUCAACACCGCGGCGUGUUGUAUAUGCGUGUCUCUGUGUGUUCAGUGUGUUCUCAUUUUGUGUGUUUACAGCUGGGCUGGUUUGGGAUAGAACCCACGUGUGGUCUGAACUGGUCAGAUGUGUUCCAGUCUCCUGAGAUAGAGGGCGCUGUUUAUAAAAUGAGUCUCUCAGAGGAGCCAGACACCAAAGGAGGAACCGUCAGCACUGACAGAAAGAGGGUCCAGGUAGAAAGAGCAGGGUCACCUGUACCCAGCUGUCUGUCUAUGAAGAGUGAUGGUUCAAUGGAUCUUCCAUUCGCAUUCAGAGGAGAGGUCACAAGUGACCAAAGGGUCCAGGUAGAAAGAGCAGGGUCACCUGUACCCAGCUGUCUGUCUAUGAAGAGUGAUGGUUCAAUGGAUCUUCCAUUCACAUUCGGAGGAGAGGUCACAAGUGACCAAAGGGUCCAGGUAGAAAGAGCGGGGUCACCUGUACCCGGCUGUCUGUCUAUGAAGAGUGAUGGUUCAAUGGAUCUUCCAUUCGCAUUCAGAGGAGAGGUCACAAGUGACCAAAGGAUACUGCAGUUUCUCCAGUCCUGCUUUUUAGAAGAGACGAGUUCAGAGAAAUUAUCUUUCACAAGACAGUCUCUCCUGCGCACUUUGAUGAAGCUGAAGAAGGAUGAGAAGUUGAAACAGUUUCAGAACCAUCUGAGUCAGGAUUGCCCAGAAUGCUUUAAGAGUCUGUCUGAAGAUCCUUCUGUACUGGUUAAGUUUAUGAAGAUGAAGGAAUUGUUCAAAAGUCAUCGAAUUGAAGGUUACCCAGAAUGCACUGAGAGAGAGCAGAAGGAUCCUGAGGCCCUGUACAUAGUUGAGAAGUUGCUGGAGACCUGUGGCAGUGAGAGGUCUCUGAAGAUCACACUCCACAUCCUGAGGAACAUGAAGCAGAAGGAUCUCACUGACUCACUGGAGAGAGAUGAGCAGCGCAAUGGAUCCAUAAAAAUAGCCCAAAAUUCACUUAAAGCUCAUCUAAAGAGGAAAUUUGAAUGCAUAUUUGAAGGUUUAGCAAAGCAGAGCAACCCAACCCUCCUCAAUGAGAUCUAUACAGAGCUCUACAUGACAAAAGGAGGAAGUGGGGGGGUCAAUAAUGAACACGAGGUCAGACAGAUUGAGACAGCAUCCAAGAGACAAACCACACAGGAGACUGCAAUCCUCUGCAAUGACAUCUUUAAGCCUUUACCUGGACAAGAGGAACCCAUCAGAACUGUGCUUACAAAGGGCAUCGCUGGCAUUGGGAAAACUGUCUCUGUGCAGAAGUUCAUUCUGGACUGGGCAGAAGGAAAAGCCAAUCAGGACAUAGAUUUCAUCUUCACUCUUCCUUUCCGAGAUCUGAAUUUGAAGAGAAAGAGCAUCGUCUGAUGCAACUUCUGCAGCACUACUUUCCACAACUGAAAGAGAGCCAAAGUGUUGAAGGUGAUGAGGUCAAAGUGGUGUUUAUCUUUGAUGGUCUGGAUGAGUGUCGACUUCCUCUAGAUUUCCAAGGUAAUGAGAUCUGCUGUGAUAUAACCGAAUCAUCAUCAGUGGAUGUGCUGCUGACCAACCUCAUUAAGGGGAAUCUGCUUCCCUCUGCUCUCCUCUGGAUCACCUCCCGACCAGCAGCAGCCAAUCAGAUCCCUCCUGAGUGUGUCCACCGAGUGACAGA